AUGGUCAGCUACACGCUGUGUCUGACCAUGCAGAUAUUUCACUACUGUUGGUACGGCAACGAAGUGAAACUGAAAGUUCGUCCUCUUCCUAGAUUACAGAUCGAAUUGCGUGAUUUCACGCGUGCUCGAUAUCCUCGUUUCGUAGAGCCUAGAGAUUUCAAGAUUCUUUUACUGAUCACGAGACGCGCGUUGGAACCUAUCGAAUUCACUGGCUGUCACAUCAUCUCCAUGAAUCUCGAUUCGUUUGUGAUGGUCAGUGUCAAUGAAAUGAGUCCUGUGAAAAUGGCCGUGCACACGUUACAAUGUUCACGUGUACUUCUUUCGAUUUGCGGAUGCUUGCCGCCGAGCUCGUGGACGUCGUCGUUCGCUAAAUCCUUGUACAACGUUUACACGUCGUUCGUGUGGCUUUUGAUACUGUCUCUCGUGUCCGCUCAGAUUCUGGACAUAAUCAUCAACGUGGAGAAUCAAGAUCAAUUCAGCGACAAUUUCUACGUCACUUUAGUGGUGUUUGUCUGCAGUUGCAAAUUGAGCAUUAUGCUGAUGCAUCGUCGAAGUAUAUUAUCCUUGAUCGAUAGACUCGAAAAUGAGCCAUUUGCCACGACGAACGACGAGGAGGUGAAAAUUCGUAGCAAGUUCAACAAAAUGAACGAGCGAACCGCGAUUGCUUACAUGGUUUUAGUGAAGAUCGCCGUGAUAUCGCUAUUCGCCAGAUCGUCGUUCACGAAUUUCAAGAAGAGGAAAUUGACUCUCCGGGUUUGGUUGCCUUACGAUUAUUCGGAACUGUUGCCAUACGCGUUCAGUUACGCCUUCCAAUUUAUCACUUCGAUGCUGUGCUCUUGCCAGAAUGUCGCCUGUGAUACCUUAUUCGCUGGUUUGCUGAUCCAAAUUUACAGCCAGUUCGUGUUACUCGACAAACGUCUGAGAAAUAUGCAAAAGGACGGGAAUUACUCGGCGAAGCAAUGCGUCAAACAUUAUCAACAAAUAUACAAGUUCGUCUGGAAUUUUCCACCUAAUGGAUUAUUCUCUAGAGUGGUGAACGAGAAAUUCAAAAUAAUAAUUUUCUUACAAUUUUCUACGAUCGCAUUCACGUUGUGCUUCAACCUUUAUCGAAUGAGCAGCAUAACGGUGGUUUCUAAAUUUCUGGAGGCGUCGCUCUAUUUAAUUCGCAUUAUCGCGCAGAUAUUAUACUACUGUUGGUUCAGUAACGAAGUGAAACUGAAGAGUCUCGAAGUGCCUAAUAUGAUAUUUAACAGUAAUUGGACAUCGUGGGAUGAGAAGACGAAGAAGAUUUUGUUACUCGUCAUGACACGAACAACACGGCCUAUCGAAUUCACCAGUGGCUACUUGGUAACGUUGAAUAUCCAGUCUUUCUUGACAGUUAGUAUUAGCUAA